AUGCAAGAUCAAAGCCCUCAGAACUCGGAAGACAACCAAAUCCAGGGGCAUAUUAAGGGGGGAGAGUCGGAUGGAGGGCGGAAUGAACGGGUCGGGACUGCCUCUAUCGGUAUCAGCGAUUCGAUUGGCACAUAUACUAAAACCUUUAAGGUCUCGAGGAUGCGCCGAUGGAUUCGCCUAUAUAAACUCAUACACAUGUGGUUGAUUUCGGCUAAGCUAGGGUAG